AUGGUCGUGAUCUCUCUUUUCUUCCCUGUUGCGACAAGACAUGGUUAUCGCGGGGCUGGAAACCUCACUAGUGACGCUGGAGUGGACAAUGGCGGAGCUCAUAAACCAUCCCCGAGUCAUGUCCAAGGCUCAAGAGGAGAUCGACAAUGUUGUAGGGAGAGCUCGCGCGGUGCAAGAAUCCGAUCUUCCAAACCUUCCAUACAUCGAACCCAUUGUCAAGGAAUCACUGCGGCCAUCCCACUGGGAGCUCCUCGCAUGAAUCUCAAGCCCGUUAAGUUGGCCGGCUACACCAUCCCUGGCGGCUGCAAGGUUCUCGUCAACAUAUGGGCCAUUGGACGAGAUUCCGCUCGCUGGUCCGACUCAGAGGCGUUCCAGCCGGAGCGUUUUCUCGGCUCCAGCGGCACCAUCCCUGUCAACGGGCAGAACUUUGACUGA